UCGACAUGAAAUCAUUAAUUCUUGUUUAUGUAAUUUCAUUUUAUAUUGAAGGAAAUGGGAAGAUACUUAAAAAUUCAUGUCCUCCUCCAGAAGAUUUGACAAAGUGUUAUUGUAGUCCUAAAGUAUCCACAGUUAUAGACUGCAGUAAUUUAAUUAAUCCGAAAGAAUUUGUAAAAAUAACCGAAAUUUUAUCCCAGUAUCAAGUCAAACACUUGAAUAUAAAGAAUUCUGAUAUGAUGUAUCUGCCUAAUGAUAGUUUUUUACAUCUUCAUAUUACAUCUUUGGGUAUAUCUGACAGUAAAAUAUUAGGUUUACAAAAUAAUACGUUCAGAGGAUUGGAAAGGAGUCUGAAUACAUUAACUGUUAGUAACAUGACUGGGAUUUCUUCAUGGAACUGGAAUACGUUGAAAGAUUUGGAUUCUUUGUCACGUAUAAUCGUAUUAGACUCCAACUGGAAAGGUAUUCAACGCAAAUUUCCACAUCUAUCCUCGCUUACAGAAAUUACUUUUAUGUCUAAUGGCAUUAGACAUAUUGCUGUGAAUGCGUUUGAAAAUCUUGACAAUUUGAAACAUUUAGAUUUGCAAAAUAAUGAAAUUCAUACCAUUCAUCGAGAUCUUCUUCCAGAUCCCGCUACGAACUUAGAAAAUAUUAAUUUAAGUAAAAAUGAAAUCGAAUUUAUUCCGGAUGACUUUCUGUUAAAUAUACCACGUUUGAAAUUAGUAUUUAUGACUGAAAAUAAGAUCAAGUUUCUUUCUCCAAAAGUCUUUCGACCUUUGUUUCUUGGACAACGAUUUUUUUUCGAUUUACAAGACAAUGAUAUCUGUUGUAAUAUGGAUCUUGCUUCUAUUUUAAAAGUCAAUCUAAAGGAUUAUAUAUCAUUUUCAUGCAACCAUCCUGAAGAAUUGAAAGAUGAAUUUUUCUGGGAUUUGACAUUAAAUGAUUUGAAAAACACAAAUUGCUAA